UGUCAUUGCCUGAAACCCAGUCAGUCACUUCAGUUCGAUCCCAAACCCCCUGUGAGAUGGUAGCUCAGAUCUCCCCCUGGUGAGGAGCAAGUGAACCAAAUUGAACAACAAGGCGAAACACGAAAGGAGGAGCAGCAAGCGGAAAACCCUCAGCACAGAUUCGCCCAAUACCAGUGCACUUUUGGCAGAACCACCAAUAUCACCAAUAGCACCAAUGAAUAGGAAGUCGAGGGAUCGAGUUCGUCGGCGGCCCAACAAUGGAGCGGGCGAUAGAGCCGUGGAAGACUUUUUGGCCGAGCUGGGAAGGUGGUCGACCGACAUGCCAUCGCGCUCUAGCUCCACAUCAUCAGUUAGCAGCUCCACUGAAUCCACUGGGGUUACUUCCUAUCGCCGGGGUCUGCGCCGCGUGAGGGCCAUAGUGAUCAGUGCGCCGCCAUCCAUGGGCGAGCUUUUCUCCCAGAAUGUGCGGGGGGGCACCCCGAGCACCAUCGCCUGGCGCUGCAAAAUCGCGUUACUCUAUCUGGGCCUCGUCGUGGCGCCGGUCAUCUUGGAGCUGGGUCCGCGCAUCGAGUUUCCCGAACAAUGGAACCAGGCCGGCAGAUUCCAGUUCCUUAAGGAGCGCCGUCUGGCCUUGACAUUUACGUUGAACACUACGCGCGAAGUGAUCCGCUCCUUUCUGUCGGCCGCCGUGCCGCUGUAUAGCAUGCUCUGCAUGGCUCAUCCGAAUCGAUUCCUUCUCUGUGCCCCACAAGCCAGAAGCCGCCACAUUGAGGUGCCCGCCAACGUGAGCCUGUUCUUCCUGGGCCUCUUGCCCUAUGUGCUCCGUCUGCAUGCCGGAUUCUAUGUGUUCGUCAGGGACACUUGGAUGGCCUACAAUGAUCAUGUGCUGAGCAUUGCCGAGACCUUUAACUCGUGGCGCAUUCUCAUCUAUCUGAAUCAGGUCAUGCAACUCGUCUACUCCAUCGAACUGGUCCUGCUCAUGGCUCAGGGUUUCAUGUCCUUUCUGCAUGCCCGUCGCAUCUACAAGCUGGUCGCCGGUAAGGGCAACUUUUACGUCGCGCAGCUGGAACAGGACAAGUCGAAGUUCUGGUACAUCCCCAGCAAAUACACCAUGCACGUUUACCGCGCUUUUCAGGAACGUGUCUACGAACUGGAGUAGUCUCACAAAUUCCCCACACAAGCCACACAAGCCACACAAGCCACCAAGCACAAGUUCUGCCAGACGACCCAGCAUAUAGAUACAACAACUUAAAAAUUAUCAGUGUACAAUCGAUGGAUUCCUUGCCAUGGAAGAAAACCCAAGCAAAAAAGCGUACAAAACAAAAAUAACAAAAAAAAGAAAAAACACUGACAUGUGGCCAAGGAAUCCCUGGCGGCUGGCAGAACUUUAGUAUUAGUUCAAGGCGAAAUGAUUUCCACAAAGUCCUGCAUGGAAAUCAUUUCGCUUGAACCCCACGUUAUGAAAACAUGUAAAAACAAUCAAAUAAAUAAGGCAGCAUCAA